AAGUGCGUGAGAAGGAAGCCUCAGUCGAAAUAUUUAAAGAAGCAUCAUUCCAUUUACACAAGUGGCAAUCAAAUGUCAAAGAGUUAGAACAGAACGAACAAUCGGACAGUAGUGAUGAUACAAGUUUUGCAAAGCAACAAUUGGGCAACGAAUCGAAAGCAGGCAACCAUGUGACGCCUAUCCUUCAGCAAUUAGCUUGGCUUCCAGUUGAGUGUGUGUUAAAACUCAGGGAUGCGGUUACGACAUAUAAGUGCUUGAAAGGGUUAGCUCCGUCGUACUUGUGUGACAAAUUCCAAAUGAGAUCAAAGAUUCACAGUGUUAACACCAGAAAUAAGGAUAAGUUGGACAUUCCACUGUAUAAUUCGGCUUCUGGACAGCGAACGUUUCAUUAUCGCGCAGUGUCUAUUUGGAAUGAGCUCCCAAAUCAUAUUAAAGACAUUGACACUUUGAACCGGUUUAAAAUAGAAUAUAAACGUCAUUUAUUGCAUGGAUUUUUAGAAAGUAGUUAA